AUGAACGGAGAAUGGAAAUCAGCUCUCCGCCUGCAAAUUGAAGCGCUUGCAAAACGAAAUGAUCUUCAUCGCAAAUGUUCAGUUGAAGAAAUCAAAAAGCGAACAGUUGAUAUGGAUCGUCGGAUAGUGAAACUAAGAGAACUAGUGGCAACGAGUGCAAAUGAUGCUGCUAUCUUCUAUUUGGAGUGCGUAUGUCAUGCAGAUGAGACGGAGAGAAUGUUGAAUCGUGGCAACUCGGUUGAAAAAGAAAAAAAGUGGCGGAAAAUGAAAAGGAAACCAAGUUCAAUGAGUGGUCCGGAAUCCAGAACAGUUUCGUCGUUUCCCAGUGUGUCCUCUCCGGAAGUCAUCCAAACAAUAGAUGUAUCUGCAUUAGAAGCACAAGACCAAAUGCCUCAAAGACCCCACUGGUGGGAUCAGUUCCAAAUAUACAGAAGAACAGAUCUACUUCGAUUUUCAAAACAAAACGAUCGUAGAGAACUAUGGAGAACUCAAAAAGACUUUUUUCUGACAUGUCUUGGAUUCAUGGUUGGUGUCGGUCACACAAUGAGAUUUCCUGCAAAAGUAUACCAACACGGAGGUGGUGUCUUCUUCAUUCCUUACUUUUUCUCGCUUAUAUUUUUUGGUCUCCCUCUAGUUUUCCUUCAUCUGUCAUUAGGACAGUAUACUGGACAAGCCGCUAAUACUGCUUUUUCGAAAUUGAUGCCAAUUGGAUCAGGAGUUGGAUGGGCUCUGGUUGUUAUCGCUAUACCUGUUGCUGUUUAUUACAAUAUCAUUGUUGCAUGGGCUAUCCACUACUUUUUCCAAUCAGCUAAAGGAUUGUUACUCGGAGAUGAUCUCCCAUGGGAGACAUGUAGAGAUGGACCGUUACAAUCCCAUCUUGUACUUUCACUUGCCGCUGCAUGGCUUCUGGUAUUCUUUGGAGUCUUCAAAGGACUAGGAUCUAUUGCUCAGACUAUGAACGUCACUGCUACAGUACCCUACCUACUCCUAUCUAUUCUUUUAUUACGUGGAAUCAGUCUACCUGGUGCUAACAAAGGACUAUCUUUCCUGUUCACGGUGGAUAGCACUAAACUUUGGAAGUGGCAGAUAUGGAAGUCGGCAGCUGAACAAGUGUUCUAUGAAUUGGGUAUAGACGCUGGGCCUCUGAUUUCUAUGGCUGCGUUUUCGAGAUACAGAAAUAAUGUAUACAGGGAUUCAGUACUUCUUGUGAUAAUGGACGCCUUGACAUCAAUUCUUUCCGGGAUGGUAAUUUUUUCAUUUGUCGGGUUCAUUGCCAGUGAAUCGAAUAGCAAUGUAAAUGAUGUACUGAAACACGACCCUCUCUACCUCUCUUUCACCGUGUACCCAGGUGUGACGUCAUUCAUGUACUGGGGUGGUCUCUGGGCAACUUUGUUCUUUGGAAUGCUGGUUUUGGCUGCACUCGAUGCUGAAUUCGCCUGGCUUGAAAUGAUCGCGUCUGCAUUUAUGAACCACUUCUCAACGAAAAAUAAGGCUGUGGAAAAUCGUCUUCUCGCGUUUUUAUGUUUGGCGGGAUUCUUUCUUGGACUACCGUUGUGUGCACAGGGUGGAAUAUUUGUAUUCCACGCAAUUGAAAACUUAAAUGCAAACUGGAACUCAUUUUCACUUGCCUUGUUGUCAGUUGCAAUAGUUUGCUAUGCGUAUGGAAUUGACAACUACCUCACAGAUAUUUCUGGUAUGCUCAGAGUCCCAAGGAUACCAAUAUCCAAAGCUACUAGGUUCAGAGACAAAGUGGUAUCAAUACUUGGUCCGGGUGGGAUCUACAUUAAAUUCUCACUAUGUUUCAUUUGUCCUGUUAUCUUGACUGUUCUUCUGAUAGCUUCUGUUUUGGGCUAUCAGAGAAUAUCAUUUGCCGGACGACCCAUUCCAAUUGACUAUGAAAUAGUAGCUUGGGUUGUUAUGAUCGGUCCACUUUUGGUUGUACCAUUGGUAGCGUUUUUACAAGUUCGACAAAUUCGAAACGAAGGAAAACUUUUGAAAUCAUUGUUUGAUACCUCGGAAUGGAGAGAAAAUCAAGAUGAUCCUCUGGAACCGAAAGACGCUUACAUGAAACCAAAUGGUAAUUAUGAAAGCCCGCCGAAUCGGAGACGAACUCCAACAAUCUUCACUCACCGAGAGAACACUUACAUGUACAUAGACUCACGGGGACCUACAGUAAGAUCCAGAGUAUUCCCUAUUGGUGGUCCACCCCUUGAUCCGUAUGGCUGGAAACUAGGAAGACUUCGAGAUCAACAGGCACAAAUCGAGGAGGGUGGGUCGAACUACUCUGAAGAAGGUUCCACUACUACCAACUCGUUUAUGGCAUCUACUGUAAAACAUAAUGACGAUGUGGAGUUGACAUUGUUUGGGUCGCCACCUGCCAUAAUGGGCGAUGAGGAGAAGAUGAAUGUGACAAGAUUCUCAGAAUCGAUGCCUGUGAAUUACAAAUGCAGAACACCUGAAGAGCCACCGAUUCAACCAAAAAGGCAGCAGAAAUUAGGAAGGAUGGCGAGGAAAACUAGGAAGAAGAGAAGUAGUCCUUCUGCAUCCGAUCCACCUGUACCUACAAGCCCUCUACCUCCGCCUCCUCGUCUAUCACACUGUCGCUCGGAACCUCCCAUGAUGAGAACAGAAGAAGAAAAGCAUACUCCAAAAGUAAUCACACCAGAUGGCUCAUCUUCUAUUUCGGAUUCAUCCGCCGAAGACUCGUCGGAUGAUGAAAGAAUCCGCAGAGCUACAGUAAUCCGGAGGAAAACCUCAGAUGAUGAUGCAUUCACACAAAUAUCUACAGCAACUGCUGAGUCUAUUUCAAUUACUCCAUUAGACUUUCCAAGACAGCGGUCACUGAGCUCAGUAGCAAUUUACGAUCAGGAACAGAAAAAUGGGCGGUCGAGAGUGCUAUCGCAGUUGAAACGACCCGCUCCAAUCGACAUGCCACCAAAAUAG